UUAUACUUUGGUAAUCUCAAAUCAAUAUAGUUUUUAAUAUAAAUAAUUAAUUAAAUUAAUUCUACAUCAAUCACAUCCGACUUUCGUUUUGUAGAAUCAUGAAUGGUCAUAUUUACGUUGAUGCAUUUUCGUUGCUACUAAACUACCAUUUGUGGUAUGUUUUGACAUCCGUUCGUGUUGAUUUCAUUUGGAGGGAUUCAAGAGCAAACAAACUUUUCAUGGUUCUCAUUGAUCAAAAUAGAGAGAAAUUGUUAGCAGUUGUUCCACAACAAAUGAUGCGCUUUAUUUAUGGAUGGAAUCUAUUGGGUGGUGUGUUUUCUUUAAACCAUUUCCAAAUCGAACCAACCUAUGCUGAGUAUCCGAGAUAUCAAGAAUACAGUUUAUUACGUGGUGAUUUGAUGAUUAAGAUCAGCAACAACACGCGGUUUAAUCGUUUGGCCGAUGCUAUCAUAUCAUGGUUUCCGGUUUUCCCAUUGGUUCCCUCAAUAAAAAGUUUAGUAGAAAAUCGGUGGAAAGAUAAUGGUUAUGGGAGGUGACUUUAGACAAGUGUUACUGGUCGUGAGACGUGGCACUCGAGCACAAAUUGUCGACUCUAGCUUACGAAUGUCACCUCUAUAGGCUUCAGUUAAAAGGCUUCGAUUAAGUAUCAACAUGAGAGCGGUAAAUGACCCAUGGUUUUCUGAUUUUUUAUUACGAGUCGGUGAUGGAAAGGAGGAAACAUUGGACGAGUCCUAUAUUCGUAUACCUUAUAACAUGUCCAUUCGGUACACUGAUAAAACUAAAUCAGUGGACGCUCUGAUUGAUGCAAUAUUUCCUUCUUUGGAAUCCAACGACGCCGACUCAAAAUUUAUCAUUUCGAGGGCGAUACUGUCAACUAAAAAUGAAAGUGUUGAUGAGAUUAAUAAUAAGUUGAUCGAACGAUUUUCUGGCGAGCAAAAAGUUUACUAUAGUUUUGAUGAAGCAGAAGAUGACAAAAAUAACUUAUAUCCGAUGGAGUAUUUGAACUCGCUAAAUGUUAGUGGUGUACCCCCUCAUUAUCUUCGGUUAAAAACUGGGUGCCCUGUAAUACUUUUGCGAAAUAUCGAUCCUUCAAACGGGUUAUGUAAUGGCACCAGAUUGAUAUGUCGAGCUUUCCAACAAAAUGUCAUUGAUGCAAAGAUAGCGGUUGGCCAACAUGCUGGAAAAAGAGUGUUUUUACCAAGAAUUCCUCUAUGUCCGUCUGACGAUGAGAUGUUCCCAUUCAAACUUAAAAGAAAGCAGUUUCCAAUUCAGCUUAGUUUCUCUAUGACAAUCAAUAAAGCUCAAGGACAAACAAUUCCAAAUGUAGGUGUUUAUCUACCAGAAUCGGUAUUCUCACAUGGCCAGCUUUAUGUGGCGUUGUCCAGAGGAAUAUCACGUGUCAAUACCAAGGUAUUAGUAAAGCCGGAAAAAACGUUUCAUAAUGAUGGAAUCUACACAUCAAACAUUGUAUACAAAGAAGUGUUAUGUGAUUAACAAGGGCUAGCAGAUGAAGCAACAUGAUUGCAGAUUGGUGUAGGUUAUAUAUUAGACAUGUUAUAAAUGUACAAAACUAUAUGGUUGC